GUACACACACAUACACAAUAUUCAUUAAUUAAGCAAGCUAGAGCUACACUUAGCUUCCCUUCAAUUCUUCUCUAGCUCUUCUUUCCAUCGAAACCAUGCCUCAAGUCGCUACUGAAAUUUUUAUCGUUGGUGUUAUAGGUAACAUUUGCUCCUUCAUUUGCUUCCUGGCACCUUUAUCCACAUUUUAUCGAGUUUGUAAGAAGAAAACAACGGAAGGGUUCCAGUCGAUUCCAUAUGUGGCAGCACUGUUCAGUGCAAUGCUUUGGAUAUUUUAUGCUUACAUAAAGAAGGGCGAAAUACUUAUCAUCACCAUCAACUCAUUCGGUUGUUUUAUAGAGACAAUUUACCUUGCCAUCUAUCUCACCUAUUGCCCCAAGAAAGCUAGGAUCUUCACGUUGAAGCUGAUAUUCAUGUUCAACUUGGGGGGAAUAUUCUUGGUUGUCCUUCUGACACACGUUCUAGCAAAAGAAAGAACAGCUCGUCUAGAGCUUCUUGGAUGGAUCUGCGUCGUCCUUUCCACCAGUGUCUUUGCAGCACCUUUAAGCAUCAUUAGAGUGGUAAUUCGCACAAAGAGUGUAGAGUUCAUGCCCUUCAAUCUUUCACUGCUUCUCACAAUAAGCGCAAUAAUGUGGAUGGCAUAUGGCAUUCUUCUCAAGGAUAUCUAUGUUACACUUCCGAACAUAGUGGGAGUGACAUUCGGGACAAUACAGAUGGUGCUGUAUUGUAUAUACAGGAAGAACAAGCCCGUGAGCAAGGAUAAUGAUGAGAAGCUGCCUCAACAUAACGGAGAAGUUGAAGCUACCACCCCUCAGGCCCCCAUUGAUAUUGAGAUUGGAGAUCAGAAGAAGCAGCAACCAGACAACAACCCUCCUACUCCUGUGGAAGCCACUAAUAAUCAUCAAGUGCAAGUCCAGCUGCAACAACAGAAAGUGUGACAAGUUUGAAGAUCCAGUUGUGUUGUGUUGUGCCUCUAUCUGCCAUGUAAAAUUAAUUCUAAGGGGAACACACCCACCAUACCUAUAUACAUACUAUAUAUAUCUAUCUUUAUCUUUUUAUAUAUAUCUACCUAGCUAUAUAUAUACACAUACUUCAUGAUUCUCAUCCAUCUUCCUUCUAUUUUAUGUCUGUACUUCCUAUCAUAAACAAAAAUUCUCAAUUUCAUA